AAUAUUAAUAGGUCGGUUGUGCCAUUAUUGGCGAGAGGCAUUUUUCUGCUGCCAGCUGAUGCAACAGAAAGAUAUCAGCUAAGCGCCGAAGAUAUCUAUGCGAAAAGGAAGUGCGAUUCAUUGCGCGCUUUGAUCACGGAAUUUGCCGAUAUAGCCGAGAAAAAUCUUGUAGAAAGCCGUAGCUACCGUGGAUGCAUUGAUCCGAAUCUGCAUUUGGCUUUGAUGGCAAGUGGCGCUACAUUGGAUCAUCUUUUGCUUACUCUCCGCAAGAAUGGUUACGAUUUAUGGGACUCGCGACUUCAGAGAGGAUUCGACCUUCUUGCAUGGCGUCUUUGGUGGCGCAAACUGCGUGGACAAUAUUGA